UCCAAGAAGACAAUUCACAGAGAUUAUCGCAAUACACUGUUAUGACUUUGAACGGCCAAAGAAGCAGGUCUUUUACUUCAAAAUAUGAUGGCAGAUGGACAGUUUUACUCUUCACACUCUGCUUGUGGGGGGUUAUUUGUGCAGGAUCUAAUGCACAUUCUAGUAAAAAUCGUCCAAACGGGCAUCCUGCAAGAUGUCUUGAAAGUUCUGGAUUGACGGCUCAACCCCGAAGAAAUAAUCACCCUAGACGGCCAUGUCUUAAGGCAACAACUCAAACUCCCAUAACGGCACAUUCAAACUCAACAAUCAUAGCUCAUUCGUCUGUAGCACCUGAAAUGACACCAACAACCAAUCAUCAAUCUACAAUAUCAACUGUGACCCCCACAACGAUGUUGACUGCGACGGCACUCCGAGCAACAACAACUGCUCCAUACACUGUGCCAACUCCUAAGGAAACCACUGAACAUUCAUCAAUGUCUGUGACACCUCUGCAGAUGGCAACAUCUUCAACAACUAAAACUACAACUGCACCACUGACUACAAUCUCAACAAGCAAACCAGUCUCAACCUCUUCUAAACCUACUAACAGAGUGUCUCAAAGGACCACAACUACAUCAUCAAUAUCUACAACUCCAAGCACUGACACAUCUACAAUCUCAACUAGCAAACCAGUCUCAACCUCUUCUAAACCUACUAUCAGAGUGUCUCAAAGGACCACAACUACAUCAUCAAUAUCUAAAACUCCAAGCACUGACACCUCUACAAUCUCAACUAGCAAACCAGUCUCAACCUCUAAUAUACCUACUGUCAGAGUGUCUCAAAGGACCACACCUACAUCAUCAAUAUCUACAACUCCAAGCACUGACACAUCUACAAUCUCAACUAGCAAACCAGUCUCAACCUCUAAUAUACCUACUGUCAGAGUGUCUCAAAGGACCACAACUACAUCAUCAAUAUCUACAACUCCAAGCACUGACACCUCUACAAUCUCAACUAGCAAAACAGUCUCAACCUCUUCUAAACCUACUAUCAGAGUGUCUCAAAGGACCACAACUACAUCAUCAAUAUCUAAAACUCCAAGCACUGACACCUCUACAAUCUCAACUAGCAAACCAGUCUCAACCUCUAAUAUACCUACUGUGAGAGUGUCUCAAAGGACCACACCUACAUCAUCAAUAUCUACAACUCCAAGCACUGACACCUCUACAAUCUCAACUAGCAAAACAGUCUCAACCUCUUCUAAACCUACUAUCAGAGUGUCUCAAAGGACCACAACUACAUCAUCAAUAUCUAAAACUCCAAGCACUGACACCUCUACAAUCUCAACUAGCAAACCAGUCUCAACCUCUAAUAUUCCUACUGUCAGAGUGUCUCGAAGGACCACACCUACAUCAUCAAUAUCUACAACUCCAAGCACUGACACAUCUACAAUCUCAACUAGCAAACCAGUCUCAACCUCUUCUAAACCUACUAUCAGAGUGUCUCAAAGGACCACAACUACAUCAUCAAUAUCUACAACUCCAAGCACUGACACCUCGACAAUCUCAACUAGCAAACCAGUCUCAACCUCUAAUAUACCUACUGUCAGAGUGUCUCAAAGGACCACACCUACAUCAUCAAUAUCUACAACUCCAAGCACUGACACCUCUACAAUCUCAACUAGCAAAACAGUCUCAACCUCUUCUAAACCUACUAUCAGAGUGUCUCAAAGGACCACAACUACAUCAUCAAUAUCUACAACUCCAAGCACUGACACCUCGACAAUCUCCACUGGCAAACCAGUCUCAACCUCUAAUAUACCUACUGUCAGAGUGUCUCAAAGGACCACACCUACAUCAUCAAUAUCUACAACUCCAAGCACUGACACCUCUACAAUCUCAACUAGCAAAACAGUCUCAACCUCUUCUAAACCUACUAUCAGAGUGUCUCAAAGGACCACAACUACAUCAUCAAUAUCUACAACUCCAAGCACUGACACCUCUACAAUCUCAACUAGCAAACCAGUCUCAACCUCUAAUAUACCUACUGUCAGAGUGUCUCAAAGGACCACAACUACAUCAUCAAUAUCUACAACUCCAAGCACUGACACAUCGACAAUCUCAACUAGCAAACCAGUCUCAACCUCUAAUAUACCUACUGUCAGAGUGCCUCAAAGGACCACAACUACAUCAUCAAUAUCUUCAACUCCAAGCACUGACACCUCUACAAUCUCAACUAGCAAACCAGUCUCAACCUCUAAUAUACCUACUGUCAGAGUGUCUCAAAGGACCACAACUACAUCAUCAAUAUCUACAACUCCAAGCACUGACACCUCGACAAUCUCAACUAGCAAACCAGUCUCGACCUCUAAUAUUCCUACUGUCAGAGUGUCUCGAAGGACCACAACUACAUCAUCAAUAUCUACAACUCCAAGCACUGACACCUCUACAAUCUCAACUAGCAAACCAGUCUCAACCUCUAAUAUACCUACUAUCAGAGUGUCUCGAAGGACCACAACUACAUCAUCAAUAUCUACAACUCCAAGCACUGACACCUCGACAAUCUCAACUAGCAAACCAGUCUCAACCUCUAAUAUUCCUACUGUCAGAGUGUCUCGAAGGACCACAACUACAUCAUCAAUAUCUACAACUCCAAGCACUGACACCUCUACAAUCUCAACUAGCAAACCAGUCUCAACCUCUAAUAUUCCUACUGUCAGAGUGUCUCGAAGGACCACAACUACAUCAUCAAUAUCUACAACUCCAAGCACUGACACCUCUACAAUCUCAACUAGCAAACCAGUCUCAACCUCUAAUAUACCUACUGUCAGAGUGUCUCGAAGGACCACAACUACAUCAUCAAUAUCUACAACUCCAAGCACUGACACCUCUACAAUCUCAACUAGCAAACCAGUCUCAACCUCUAAUAUUCCUACUGUCAGAGUGUCUCGAAGGACCACAACUACAUCAUCAAUAUCUACAACUCCAAGCACUGACACCUCUACAAUCUCAACUAGCAAACCAGUCUCAACCUCUAAUAUACCUACUGUCAGAGUGUCUCAAAGGACCACAACUACAUCAUCAAUAUCUACAACUCCAAGCAUUGACACCCCAACAAUCUCAACAAUCUCAACUAGCAAACCAGUCUCAACCUCUUCUAAACCUACUAUCAAAGUGUCUCAAAAAAACACACCUACAUCAUUAACACUUACAACUGCAAAAACGGCCAACCCUACAAUUAUUUAUUCAACUUCAGUAACUACACUUUCAACAAACACACCUAGUACAUUACUUACUUCAUCCAGCACUACAUCUGCAUGUCCAACUACCUUGUAUUCAGAACCAGUGAUAAUACAUAAAACAUCUAAUGUAAAUUCAAAUCAAAAUUUACCAACCAGCACAUCUGGUUCAGCAGUGGUGACAGGCACACUGCGAUUUAAUUCAUCAACUCCUGUCCCUAGUGAAGCUCUGGUCUUAAAAGCUCUCAUGGAACUAAGGAACGCUAGAGAGUCACAACUCCAUGAAUCAGUAAAGCUGCUAAAUGUCACAUAUGAAAAAAUCUCAGAAACAUCCUAUGAGUUGAAAUUAUCAUUUGCUGUGAGUAACUUCACCAUGUCAGUGAUUCCAGAGGAAAGAAACGACAUCUUGAAAAAUCUGCAGGAAAUUGUCAAUAAUGCAGUGAACACUCUUCUGAAUGAGCCUGGCAAACCACUUAUGAAGCCCAACUCCACCGACUUCCAGAGCCUGUUACACCAAAUAAAAGGCACCUUGAAUUACAUAUUCCAAGAUGGAGAAGCCAUUCAACCUGUCAGCUUCCUUCUAAAGCUCCAGUCACCCAUGGUAUCGUCCACUACAUCAGUACCACCAUUGACAAGAUCUUUAAAUCUUGUACCUGGUUCAGCAGUGGUGAAAAGCGUAUUACAGUUCAGCUCCUCAUCUCCAGUCCCCAGUGAAGCUCUGGUCCUGAAUGCUAUCAGUGAUCUCCUGAUUGAAAGACAAGCAAAACUCAAUGACUCAGUCAAACUGACAAAUUACACUUAUGAGAAAAUCUCAGAAACCUCAUAUAAUGUGAUAUUAACAUUUGCUGUGAGUAACAUCACCAUGCCAGUGGAUCCUGAGAAAAGAAACGAGACCUUGAAAAAUCUGCAGGACAUUGUCAAUAAUGCAGUGAACAUUAUUCUGAAUGAGCCUGGCAAACCACUUUUGAAGCCCAACUCCACCGACUUCCAGAGCCUGUCAGACCAAAUAAAUGGCACCUUGAAUUACAGCAUCCAAGAUGGAGAAGGCAUACAACCUGUCAGCUUCCUUCUAAAGCUACAGUCACCCAUGGUAUCGUCCACCACAUCAGUACCACCAUUGACAACAUCUUUAAAUCUCGUACCUGGUUCAGCAGUGGUGAAAAGCGUAUUACAGUUCAGCUCCUCAUCUCCAGUCCCCAGUGAAGCUCUGGUCCUGAAUGCUAUCAGUGAUCUCCUGAUUGAAAGACAAGCAAAACUCAAUGACUCAGUCAAACUGACAAAUUACACUUAUGAGAAAAUCUCAGAAACCUCAUAUAAUGUGAUAUUAACAUUUGCUGUGAGCAACAUCACCAUGCCAGUGGAUCCUGAGCAAAGAAACGACACCUUGAAAAAUCUGCAGGACAUUGUCAAUAAUGCAGUGAACAUUAUUCUGAAUGAGCCUGGCAAACCACUUUUGAAGCCCAACUCCACCGACUUCCAGAGCCUGACAGACCAAAUAAAUGGCACCUUGAAUUACAUAUUCCAAGAUGGAGAAGCCAUUCAACCUGUCAGCUUCCUUCUAAAGCUCCAGUCACCCAUGGUAUCGUCCACUACAUCAGUAGCACCAUUGACAACAUCUUUAAAUCUUGUACCUGGUUCAGCAGUGGUGAAAAGCGUAUUACAGUUCAGCUCCUCAUCUCCAGUCCCCAGUGAAGCUCUGGUCCUGAAUGCUAUCAGUGAUCUCCUGAUUGAAAGACAAGCAAAACUCAAUGACUCAGUCAAACUGACAAAUUACACUUAUGAGAAAAUCUCAGAAACCUCAUAUAAUGUGAUAUUAACAUUUGCUGUGAGUAACAUCACCAUGCCAGUGGAUCUUGAGAAAAGAAACGACACCUUGAAAAAUCUGCAGGACUUUGUCAAUAAUGCAGUGAACAUUAUUCUGAAUGAGCCUGGCAAACCACUUUUGAAGCCCAACUCCACCGACUUCCAGAGCCUGUCAGACCAAAUAAAUGGCACCUUGAAUUACAUAUUCCAAGAUGGAGAAGCCAUUCAACCUGUCAGCUUCCUUCUAAAGCUCCAGUCACCCAUGGUAUCGUCCACUACAUCAGUACCACCAUUGACAACAUCUUUAAAUCUUGUACCUGGUUCAGCAGUGGUGAAAAGCGUAUUACAGUUCAGCUCCUCAUCUCCAGUCCCCAGUGAAGCUCUGGUCCUGAAUGCUAUCAGUGAUCUCCUGAUUGAAAGACAAGCAAAACUCAAUGACUCAGUCAAACUGACAAAUUACACUUAUGAGAAAAUCUCAGAAACCUCAUAUAAUGUGAUAUUAACAUUUGCUGUGAGUAACAUCACCAUGCCAGUGGAUCCUGAGAAAAGAAACGAGACCUUGAAAAAUCUGCAGGACAUUGUCAAUAAUGCAGUGAACAUUAUUCUGAAUGAGCCUGGCAAACCACUUUUGAAGCCCAACUCCACCGACUUCCAGAGCCUGUCAGACCAAAUAAAUGGCACCUUGAAUUACAGCAUCCAAGAUGGAGAAGGCAUACAACCUGUCAGCUUCCUUCUAAAGCUCCAGUCACCCAUGGUAUCGUCCACUACAUCAGUAGCACCAUUGACAACUUCUUUAAAUCUUGUACCUGGUUCAGCAGUGGUGAAAAGCGUAUUACAGUUCAGCUCCUCAUCUCCAGUCCCCAGUGAAGCUCUGGUCCUGAAUGCUAUCAGUGAUCUCCUGAUUGAAAGACAAGCAAAACUCAAUGACUCAGUCAAACUGACAAAUUACACUUAUGAGAAAAUCUCAGAAACCUCAUAUAAUGUGAUAUUAACAUUUGCUGUGAGUAACAUCACCAUGCCAGUGGAUCCUGAGAAAAGAAACGAGACCUUGAAAAAUCUGCAGGACAUUGUCAAUAAUGCAGUGAACAUUAUUCUGAAUGAGCCUGGCAAACCACUUUUGAAGCCCAACUCCACCGACUUCCAGAGCCUGUCAGACCAAAUAAAUGGCACCUUGAAUUACAGCAUCCAAGAUGGAGAAGGCAUACAACCUGUCAGCUUCCUUCUAAAGCUCCAGUCACCCAUGGUAUCGUCCACCACAUCAGUACCACCAUUGACAACAUCUUUAAAUCUUGUACCUGGUUCAGCAGUGGUGAAAAGCGUAUUACAGUUCAGCUCCUCAUCUCCAGUCCCCAGUGAAGCUCUGGUCCUGAAUGCUAUCAGUGAUCUCCUGAUUGAAAGACAAGCAAAACUCAAUGACUCAGUCAAACUGACAAAUUACACUUAUGAGAAAAUCUCAGAAACCUCAUAUAAUGUGAUAUUAACAUUUGCUGUGAGCAACAUCACCAUGCCAGUGGAUCCUGAGCAAAGAAACGACACCUUGAAAAAUCUGCAGGACAUUGUCAAUAAUGCAGUGAACAUUAUUCUGAAUGAGCCUGGCAAACCACUUUUGAAGCCCAACUCCACCGACUUCCAGAGCCUGACAGACCAAAUAAAUGGCACCUUGAAUUACAUAUUCCAAGAUGGAGAAGCCAUUCAACCUGUCAGCUUCCUUCUAAAGCUCCAGUCACCCAUGGUAUCGUCCACUACAUCAGUACCACCAUUGACAACAUCUUUAAAUCUUGUACCUGGUUCAGCAGUGGUGAAAAGCGUAUUACAGUUCAGCUCCUCAUCUCCAGUCCCCAGUGAAGCUCUGGUCCUGAAUGCUAUCAGUGAUCUCCUGAUUGAAAGACAAGCAAAACUCAAUGACUCAGUCAAACUGACAAAUUACACUUAUGAGAAAAUCUCAGAAACCUCAUAUAAUGUGAUAUUAACAUUUGCUGUGAGUAACAUCACCAUGCCAGUGGAUCCUGAGAAAAGAAACGAGACCUUGAAAAAUCUGCAGGACAUUGUCAAUAAUGCAGUGAACAUUAUUCUGAAUGAGCCUGGCAAACCACUUUUGAAGCCCAACUCCACCGACUUCCAGAGCCUGUCAGACCAAAUAAAUGGCACCUUGAAUUACAGCAUCCAAGAUGGAGAAGGCAUACAACCUGUCAGCUUCCUUCUAAAGCUCCAGUCACCCAUGGUAUCGUCCACUACAUCAGUAGCACCAUUGACAACUUCUUUAAAUCUUGUACCUGGUUCAGCAGUGGUGAAAAGCGUAUUACAGUUCAGCUCCUCAUCUCCAGUCCCCAGUGAAGCUCUGGUCCUGAAUGCUAUCAGUGAUCUCCUGAUUGAAAGACAAGCAAAACUCAAUGACUCAGUCAAACUGACAAAUUACACUUAUGAGAAAAUCUCAGAAACCUCAUAUAAUGUGAUAUUAACAUUUGCUGUGAGUAACAUCACCAUGCCAGUGGAUCCUGAGAAAAGAAACGAGACCUUGAAAAAUCUGCAGGACAUUGUCAAUAAUGCAGUGAACAUUAUUCUGAAUGAGCCUGGCAAACCACUUUUGAAGCCCAACUCCACCGACUUCCAGAGCCUGUCAGACCAAAUAAAUGGCACCUUGAAUUACAUAUUCCAAGAUGGAGAAGCCAUUCAACCUGUCAGCUUCCUUCUAAAGCUCCAGUCACCCAUGGUAUCGUCCACUACAUCAGUACCACCAUUGACAACAUCUUUAAAUCUUGUACCUGGUUCAGCAGUGGUGAAAAGCGUAUUACAGUUCAGCUCCUCAUCUCCAGUCCCCAGUGAAGCUCUGGUCCUGAAUGCUAUCAGUGAUCUCCUGAUUGAAAGACAAGCAAAACUCAAUGACUCAGUCAAACUGACAAAUUACACUUAUGAGAAAAUCUCAGAAACCUCAUAUAAUGUGAUAUUAACAUUUGCUGUGAGUAACAUCACCAUGCCAGUGGAUCUUGAGAAAAGAAACGACACCUUGAAAAAUCUGCAGGACAUUGUCAAUAAUGCAGUGAACAUUAUUCUGAAUGAGCCUGGCAAACCACUUUUGAAGCCCAACUCCACCGACUUCCAGAGCCUGUCAGACCAAAUAAAUGGCACCUUGAAUUACAGCAUCCAAGAUGGAGAAGGCAUACAACCUGUCAGCUUCCUUCUAAAGCUACAGUCACCCAUGGUAUCGUCCACCACAUCAGUACCACCAUUGACAACAUCUUUAAAUCUCGUACCUGGUUCAGCAGUGGUGAAAAGCGUAUUACAGUUCAGCUCCUCAUCUCCAGUCCCCAGUGAAGCUCUGGUCCUGAAUGCUAUCAGUGAUCUCCUGAUUGAAAGACAAGCAAAACUCAAUGACUCAGUCAAACUGACAAAUUACACUUAUGAGAAAAUCUCAGAAACCUCAUAUAAUGUGAUAUUAACAUUUGCUGUGAGUAACAUCACCAUGCCAGUGGAUCCUGAGAAAAGAAACGAGACCUUGAAAAAUCUGCAGGACAUUGUCAAUAAUGCAGUGAACAUUAUUCUGAAUGAGCCUGGCAAACCACUUUUGAAGCCCAACUCCACCGACUUCCAGAGCCUGUCAGACCAAAUAAAUGGCACCUUGAAUUACAGCAUCCAAGAUGGAGAAGGCAUACAACCUGUCAGCUUCCUUCUAAAGCUACAGUCACCCAUGGUAUCGUCCACCACAUCAGUACCACCAUUGACAACAUCUUUAAAUCUCGUACCUGGUUCAGCAGUGGUGAAAAGCGUAUUACAGUUCAGCUCCUCAUCUCCAGUCCCCAGUGAAGCUCUGGUCCUGAAUGCUAUCAGUGAUCUCCUGAUUGAAAGACAAGCAAAACUCAAUGACUCAGUCAAACUGACAAAUUACACUUAUGAGAAAAUCUCAGAAACCUCAUAUAAUGUGAUAUUAACAUUUGCUGUGAGCAACAUCACCAUGCCAGUGGAUCCUGAGCAAAGAAACGACACCUUGAAAAAUCUGCAGGACAUUGUCAAUAAUGCAGUGAACAUUAUUCUGAAUGAGCCUGGCAAACCACUUUUGAAGCCCAACUCCACCGACUUCCAGAGCCUGACAGACCAAAUAAAUGGCACCUUGAAUUACAUAUUCCAAGAUGGAGAAGCCAUUCAACCUGUCAGCUUCCUUCUAAAGCUCCAGUCACCCAUGGUAUCGUCCACUACAUCAGUACCACCAUUGACAACAUCUUUAAAUCUUGUACCUGGUUCAGCAGUGGUGAAAAGCGUAUUACAGUUCAGCUCCUCAUCUCCAGUCCCCAGUGAAGCUCUGGUCCUGAAUGCUAUCAGUGAUCUCCUGAUUGAAAGACAAGCAAAACUCAAUGACUCAGUCAAACUGACAAAUUACACUUAUGAGAAAAUCUCAGAAACCUCAUAUAAUGUGAUAUUAACAUUUGCUGUGAGUAACAUCACCAUGCCAGUGGAUCCUGAGAAAAGAAACGAGACCUUGAAAAAUCUGCAGGACAUUGUCAAUAAUGCAGUGAACAUUAUUCUGAAUGAGCCUGGCAAACCACUUUUGAAGCCCAACUCCACCGACUUCCAGAGCCUGUCAGACCAAAUAAAUGGCACCUUGAAUUACAGCAUCCAAGAUGGAGAAGGCAUACAACCUGUCAGCUUCCUUCUAAAGCUCCAGUCACCCAUGGUAUCGUCCACCACAUCAGUACCACCAUUGACAACAUCUUUAAAUCUUGUACCUGGUUCAGCAGUGGUGAAAAGCGUAUUACAGUUCAGCUCCUCAUCUCCAGUCCCCAGUGAAGCUCUGGUCCUGAAUGCUAUCAGUGAUCUCCUGAUUGAAAGACAAGCAAAACUCAAUGACUCAGUCAAACUGACAAAUUACACUUAUGAGAAAAUCUCAGAAACCUCAUAUAAUGUGAUAUUAACAUUUGCUGUGAGUAACAUCACCAUGCCAGUGGAUCCUGAGAAAAGAAACGAGACCUUGAAAAAUAUGCAGGACAUUGUCAAUAAUGCAGUGAACAUUAUUCUGAAUGAGCCUGGCAAACCACUUUUGAAGCCCAACUCCACCGACUUCCAGAGCCUGUCAGACCAAAUAAAUGGCACCUUGAAUUACAGCAUCCAAGAUGGAGAAGGCAUACAACCUGUCAGCUUCCUUCUAAAGCUACAGUCACCCAUGGUAUCGUCCACCACAUCAGUACCACCAUUGACAACAUCUUUAAAUCUCGUACCUGGUUCAGCAGUGGUGAAAAGCGUAUUACAGUUCAGCUCCUCAUCUCCAGUCCCCAGUGAAGCUCUGGUCCUGAAUGCUAUCAGUGAUCUCCUGAUUGAAAGACAAGCAAAACUCAAUGACUCAGUCAAACUGACAAAUUACACUUAUGAGAAAAUCUCAGAAACCUCAUAUAAUGUGAUAUUAACAUUUGCUGUGAGUAACAUCACCAUGCCAGUGGAUCCUGAGAAAAGAAACGAGACCUUGAAAAAUCUGCAGGACAUUGUCAAUAAUGCAGUGAACAUUAUUCUGAAUGAGCCUGGCAAACCACUUUUGAAGCCCAACUCCACCGACUUCCAGAGCCUGUCAGACCAAAUAAAUGGCACCUUGAAUUACAGCAUCCAAGAUGGAGAAGGCAUACAACCUGUCAGCUUCCUUCUAAAGCUCCAGUCACCCAUGGUAUCGUCCACCACAUCAGUACCACCAUUGACAACAUCUUUAAAUCUUGUACCUGGUUCAGCAGUGGUGAAAAGCGUAUUACAGUUCAGCUCCUCAUCUCCAGUCCCCAGUGAAGCUCUGGUCCUGAAUGCUAUCAGUGAUCUCCUGAUUGAAAGACAAGCAAAACUCAAUGACUCAGUCAAACUGACAAAUUACACUUAUGAGAAAAUCUCAGAAACCUCAUAUAAUGUGAUAUUAACAUUUGCUGUGAGUAACAUCACCAUGCCAGUGGAUCCUGAGAAAAGAAACGAGACCUUGAAAAAUAUGCAGGACAUUGUCAAUAAUGCAGUGAACAUUAUUCUGAAUGAGCCUGGCAAACCACUUUUGAAGCCCAACUCCACCGACUUCCAGAGCCUGUCAGACCAAAUAAAUGGCACCUUGAAUUACAGCAUCCAAGAUGGAGAAGGCAUACAACCUGUCAGCUUCCUUCUAAAGCUACAGUCACCCAUGGUAUCGUCCACCACAUCAGUACCACCAUUGACAACAUCUUUAAAUCUCGUACCUGGUUCAGCAGUGGUGAAAAGCGUAUUACAGUUCAGCUCCUCAUCUCCAGUCCCCAGUGAAGCUCUGGUCCUGAAUGCUAUCAGUGAUCUCCUGAUUGAAAGACAAGCAAAACUCAAUGACUCAGUCAAACUGACAAAUUACACUUAUGAGAAAAUCUCAGAAACCUCAUAUAAUGUGAUAUUAACAUUUGCUGUGAGUAACAUCACCAUGCCAGUGGAUCUUGAGAAAAGAAACGACACCUUGAAAAAUCUGCAGGACAUUGUCAAUAAUGCAGUGAACAUUAUUCUGAAUGAGCCUGGCAAACCACUUUUGAAGCCCAACUCCACCGACUUCCAGAGCCUGUCAGACCAAAUAAAUGGCACCUUGAAUUACAUAUUCCAAGAUGGAGAAGCCAUUCAACCUGUCAGCUUCCUUCUAAAGCUCCAGUCACCCAUGGUAUCGUCCACUACAUCAGUACCACCAUUGACAACAUCUGAAAACCUUGUAUUUGGUUCAGCAGUGGUGAAAAGCAUAUUACAGUUCAACUCCUCAUCUCCAGUCCCCAGUGAAGCUCUGGUCCUGAAAGCUAUAAUUGAUCUCUGGAAUGAAAGACAAGCACAACUCAAUGCCUCAGUCAACCUGACAGAUUACACUUAUGAGAAAAUCUCAGAAACCUCAUAUAAUGUGAUAUUAACAUUUGCUGUGAGUAACAUCACCAUGCCGAUGGAUCCUAAGCAAAGAAAUAACCCCCAUAAAAAUCUGGAGGAUAUGGUCAAAUAUGCAGUGAACAUUGUACUGAAUGACCCUGGAAAUACUACUUUGAUCCCCGUUUUAACCAAUUUCCAGAACUCAUAUAACCUAAUAAAUGGUUCUUUGAAUUACAUCAUACAAGAAGGAGAAAGUAUACAACCAGUCAGCUACCUACAAAAGCUCCAGUCACUCAUGGCUAUUACUCCAACGACAAAGGGAACUCCGCUUGCAAGAGUGAUUAUUAAAAUUAGGUUGGUGUUUAUCACAGUGGGCACCUUUCCGAGUGAGAGCAUUGUUAUGCAGUUAGCUCAGACUUAUCUAGAGCCAAGCCUCAGAACCAAACGAAGCACACAUAUUCUGAAGGAAGAUGUGAAAUUUGUGAAUGUCACAUAUGAGGGAAUUUCUGACAAGGAAUUUGCCCUCAAUUUCGAAUAUCGAAUCGACAAUCAGAAUAAUAAGACAAUGAUUAAUGACCCUGUUAUCAAGAAUGAGACAUUGAUAUCAAUUCAGCAAUCUAUAGAUGAAUUGUUGAACAGGAUCUUAAAUGCCCCCUCAACUAAGGAUUUUAAAUUCAAACAAGCCAGUUUCACGGAUAACGGAACCGUGAUUCUGGCCAAUAUAGAGUAUAUUUUCUUAGACAGUGACAUCACAACACCUAGCAUAUUUGUUAGAGAACUUAGAAAUGCUGCAGCUGCAGCUGCAACCACCUUUUCCCCCACGGUGAUAAACACUUCAGGACCAAACAACAGCACUAGUCUAGCAUGGAUCGUGGCUAUAAUUGUACCUUGUGCUAUAGCCAUCCUUCUUAUACCUUGCUGGAUUUUGCUUUGUUGUUUGCUCUGUGGUUGUUGUGCAGCAGUAAGGCAACGCUGGGAAAGAAGGCGGUCAUACAACAUACGUUACUAUAUUCACAACCUCUAAAAAGUUCAGAUACAAAAACUAAAAAUCAAAACUAAAAUCCUUUUACAUGUGUUAAAAAUACAUUUCCUGUAUUGCUGUGCAUUCAGGACGUCUACAAGACUGUAAUUGAUGUGACUUUAUUUUUUGCUACUAAAGGAUUUAUUUAUUUAAUAAUUAUGUCUUGUAAAUUACUAUUGAUCUUGUUGUUUAAAUAAUUAUUUAUUUAACUGUGUAUUUAAAACAUGUAUUUAGGGCGACAAAUGUAAAGUGUGUUUAUGAUAACACUUUAUUUACAUAACAAAAAAGCACUUUAUCUACCUAACAAAAACAUACAAAUUUCUAGCUAUUAUUCAUGUGUGUAAUGUAUUGUAACCUUAACAAAAGUCGCAAAUAGAUCAAAAAAGCAUUAACAUGUGCAAAGAGAACAGAGGAAAAUACACCACAAUGCCACUUUACAAGAUUUAAGUUCAUGUUAUUUAAAAAGCUUCGUUUAGAUACAUGCUAUAAUUUAAAAAUGCCAAAUCUGUUAAUUUGACAUGGGACAUGUGGACACCUAUGAAUUCGGAAGCAUUUCUCACAAUAACUUUCAUCGGCCAUAAAUCCAAGAUAUUUACAGUUGUUCUUGGAGUUCAAAAUUUUUGUAGCAUCUACACAGCGGAGCAUUUUACCAGCCACAUUUGUGCAAUGUGAAAUAUGUUAAGAAAUUCUGUGCAAAGAAAUGAACCAUUUAUCUCAAAUAAAAAUGAAUAAUGACAUAUCGA